GUGUACAGGAGGAGAAGGGAACGGAUUGCUAACCGAGCUAGCCGGAUCCUCCCGAUUAUAGAAACACCGCUGAACGUGGUCAUGUUGCACACGGUAGGCUUUAUUUCGUGAAAAAAGCCCGCAUUGGAAUACCUGCCCGGCUGCUUGAGGGCCAAAGGGAGUCGUUUUUUGACGGAAUAACAAAGCCGGUCUGUGAGGAUUGCAAAUCUGAGCCGUGCGAGUCAACGUUAGCUGGCCUAGCCGGACUCGGGAGCUCGUCUCCCAAAACAAGAAUGGGGUCUAGGUCCACUCGGAUUAGCUUGCUAGUAAAGUGACCUUUGAUUGUAUUCUCUGAUGGCAAAUUUCACGAAUUACCAGGAAGGCAAGGCAGCGAUGUUGAUGGUGGAGACGCAGCAGAGGGACGUGGGGACGAAAUCUGCGGCCGCCACCGCAAACGGAGACGGCUCGGUCGGGGAACCCCCUUCCCCGUUAAUUAAUAUCGGCGGCGGCGGCGGAGGAGGAGGAGGAGGCGGCUCUCGUUUCCACCAACACUUACCGCCCUCCAACCACCUCCACCAUCACCACCUCAGCCACCACCACCCGCCAAAGGAUCAACAGCAGCACCAUCACUACCAGCUGGCCCCGCAGCAGCAUCUUUCCGGGGAGAACAUCGCAGAGUCGCCGGGCAGGAAAGCCUCCUCCUCGUCCCUGAGCCAGGUACACGCCGCCGAGGACCCCGCCGCCUCCUGCGCCGCUAGCAGCAGCAGCAGCAGCGGCGGCGGCGGCAGCAGCAGCAGCAGCCAUGUAUACGCGGCUGUGAAUGUCGCCAAUGCCUCGGACGUUGUGGAUGAUAUUCGAAAGUGUGGCUACUUGAGAAAGCAGAAGCAUGGACACAAGAGGUUUUUCGUGCUCCGGGCUGCCAGCCACCUCGGGCCGAGCCGCCUGGAGUACUACGACAGCGAGAAGAAAUUCAGGAACAGCCUGCGCUCUGCUGCCGCGGCCGCCGCCAGCGGUGGAGCGGUCGCCCCUUCUCCCCCGAAAAGGGUGAUUUACCUCUAUCAGUGCUUCACGGUGAACAAAAGGGCGGAUUCCAAAAACAAACACCUCAUUGCCCUUUACACUAAGGACGAGUACUUUGCCAUCGUGGCCGAGAACGAGCAGGAGCAGGAGGACUGGUAUGUGGCUGUGAGUGAGCUGAUGAGUGAAGGCAAGAAGGGCCACUUGGAUUCAGAUGAUCUGGAUGAUGGAUACGGUACAGUCACCCCCGGUACUGUGUUUAAAGAGGUGUGGCAGGUGAAUGUGAAACCUAAAGGACUGGGUCAAACUAAAAACCUCACAGGUGUUUACCGGCUAUGCCUCUCAACUAAAACCAUUCACCUCGUUAAGUUGAACUCUGAGACGCCCUGUGUGAACCUCCAGCUGAUGAACAUCAGGCGCUGUGGACAUUCAGAAAGCUUCUUUUUCAUCGAGGUGGGUCGCUCCUCUUCUAUCGGGCCUGGGGAGAUAUGGAUGCAGGUGGAUGAUUCUGUCGUGGCCCAAAACAUGCACGAGACCAUCCUGGAGACAAUGAAAGCCUUGAAAGCUUUUGCAGAGUUUCGGCCCCGGAGCAAGAGCCAGUCCUCGGGCUCCAACCCCAUGUCAUUUAUCACAACACGGCGCCACCUGGGCAACCUGCCGCCGAGCCAGACCGGGCUGCAGCGGCGGUCGAGGACAGAGUCAGUCGUUGGGACGCCGCCCUCAAGUAAAAGCUCCGGGGCUAGUGGGUAUCGCUUCCGUACGUCCAGCGAGGGCGAGGGGACGAUGAACCGGCCGUUCCGCUCCGCCACAGGAAGCCUGGUCCACCUGAACUCAGCCCGGGCCCACCACGGCCGCCAGGAGGGGAGCGGCGGCAGCAGUGGCAGUGGUGUAGCCACAGGAAACGCUGGCACGAGCACCGGCAGCGGGCGCUACGUCAGAGCUAUCCCAGGUUCAACAUCCACCUAUCACGCCCGCUCCGCCUCGCUGCCGGUCUCCCACUUCCCCUCCACCACCAGCCCUGUCAGCGUCUCCUCCAGCAGCGGCCACGGCUCCGUCUCCGACACACUCACCCGCCCAUCAAGCGCCUCGAUAUGUGGCUCCCCGUCUGACGGCGGCUUCAACUCCUCAGACGAGUACGGCUCCAGCCCCGGCGACUUCCGGUACUUCCGUGUGCGGAGUAACACGCCUGAUUCUUUGGGCAACACCCCACCAAUCAGAGAGGAGAACUGUCUGAAUGAUUACAUGGCCAUGGGCUGGAACCGGGAGGUGUUUGGCACCAGCGGGGGCUCUGGAAACAACAGUGGGGGCGACACGCCACGUGACGAGAGCACGUCGACAACAGAGGAUGAGCGCUUCUCUUCAUCAUCACUGAGGAGGAGGACGCACUCUUUCUCCAGACCUGCUGGCGGUGCGACGGGCGGCUCUGGAGUGGCAGUUUAUCAGAAAAUGACCCAGACCAACUUCUCACUGGAGGAGGGCUCAGACGUGGUGUUGCCGUUCGGCAGUGGGCUGCUCCGCGGAGGGCCGUCCUCCUCCUCUUCCUCGCUCCGCUCCGACUACAGCUCCUGCUCCGAGCACAGCCAGCAGAGCCGACCCUCCACGCUCUCCCGGACGGAGGCCGGAGCCGAGCGCCCUCCUCUUUCCUCUUCCUCUGCCAAGGAGGACAGCGGCUACAUGCCCAUGAUGUGCGGCGUGGCUGCGUCUCCACGGGACACUCCCCCCGACUACAUGCCUAUGCAACCCGGUUCUUACUCCCAUCACAUCUCCCAUUCCCCUCAGUUUCACAGUCCAGCUUUAGCCCGUUCAGCCCACCAACACCCACAGCUCCAGCCUCAAUCCUCCACAGACUCCCACGGCUACAUGAUGAUGCUCCCGGGGGGCAGUGGCAGCUCCCCCUCCCCGGUGCAGGCCUCUCCCAGCCCUCACAGCAGCUCCAGCAUGGCAGGUGCUGGUGGGAGCGACAGCAUAGCAGAGAGACCCGAGAACGGUGAAUAUAUGGACAUGUCGUACAGCAGCAGCGGUGGUCGCAAGCACUCAAAUGAAGGGAGCAGUGGGUAUUACACAUCUGGCACACCUGAGGGCACCCCAAAGUCUUACAGCCCUUAUUUCUCCCUCCCUCGCUCCUAUAAGGCCCCCACCAGAGAGAGAGAUGAAAAAGAAUAUGGGGAAUAUGUUCCUAUGAGUUCUCCUGCCAAGCCAGUCUAUUCAUCAGUUGCCACAGCUUCAGUGUCAACACCUGAGAAGAGGGGUGGAGGAGGUAGUAGCACAUCCACCCCCUCUCACCCACCUCCGCCUUAUGGAGCCCACCAUACGACUGCAGCGAUGGCUGACAGACGCAUAGUGAGGCCCAACCGCCUCCCUUUAGGCAGAAGGAGUUUCCAUGGUCCGCUGCGGGUUAGUGAGCCCUCCACGGCGUCUGCAGGCACCUCCACUUCAGUCCCCGCCACUGGCAGCUCAUCUGAAGGACCUUCCAGUCCUGGAGAGUAUAUUAACAUUGAGUUUGGGGAUCACUACCCUCACCAACAGCAGCCCCCCGCCUACCCUCUCUCUGCCCAAGACGAAGCGCCUUCCCUGGGAUCCAGUGAUCACUGUCACUCCCCUCCCCAGCCCCAAACUCACCAGGACUAUAUGAGUGUGGAGGUGGGGGCAGAUCAGCAGGACAGUGCUGGAUGUCUGGGUAAGAACCAGUCACCCAGGCCCAGCCUUGUUGCCCCCUGGAACCCACCCAGCUACAUCCGACCCCUGGCUAUCAAUCCUGGGGCGCUGGCCUCCCCUGGAGUCCAGGCCGGAGGUCACUGGAGGUCGAUCGGGGACGACUACACGGACAUGACAUUUAACCUCAGCAGAGGUGAGAGGACUCAAACAAGCCCCACAGCCAUGCUGCAGCAUCUCUGUGUGAUGGAGGGACGUUAUGGCCACGCUCCCUCCGCCUCCUCCUCUUCCAUUUCUCCUCCGAUCCCUCCGUCGAGCCCAGGUAGGGCGCCGACACACCAGCUGGAGCCCAAGGUGGUUCGAGCCGACCCCCAGGGCAGGAGGAGACACAGCUCGGAGACGUUCUCCUCCACCUCCUCCUCUAACUCAACUCCCCCUGGAGGAGGACUCGGCCCCUCAUCCUCAGCCACCCACCCCUCACUGGCUAAUCCAGCAGCCCCCAACGGAGCUUACCUAACGGAGGGUCAGACUUCCCGAUGGGCCAGCUCGGCAUCGUUCGACAGUGUGUGGAUGUCCGUGGAGGGUCUGGGGGACUCGCCGGCUCACCACGCCCCGGCAAGAACCACAGAAAUGGGCAUGGCCUCCGGGACCUCAGCGUCCUCCUCCUCCUCCUCGGGGGCUGCAGCCAGUAGAAUGUGCAGGAACAUGUCCGUUGGUUACCAGAACGGCCUCAACUACAUUGCCUUGGAGCUGCGGGAGGACGGGAGUAACGUGGGAGCCAUGACGUCGGGAGCCGGUAGCAGUAACGGGAGCGCGGCGGUGGCGGCGGCGGGGACGGUGCCUCUGCCGGAGAACGGAGCCUAUGCCAGUAUCGACUUCACCAAAUCAGAUGGAGUCACUACAACAACCAAGGACUGAGCGACAGAGGUUCCCCACAUGCUGCCUCUUCCUCCUCCUCCUCCUCCUCCUCAUCCUCAUCUCUCUGCUCGGGCCCUGGACUCUGCCUGUGACCGUUGGCCUCCCGCCGCUGACCUCCGACCUUCACUCAGACUGAGGAGCUGCUCCCUCCUGGACGCAGACGACAACAACAACAAACAUCACAACAUGACAAAAAAAACGCUUGCAGUUUUUUUUUUUUAAGUGUAUUUCAUCUUUUAUUUUUCUUGUGUUUUAUAUGCAUAUCUCGUCCCGUUUAGUUGAUUUUUUUCCCCCCGUCAUUUCUCCCCUCUUGCGAUCGAUGCUGCCAGCGUGCUGCUCUCCUCCGGUUCAACAGACUGAUUCAUCCAACGGCAGUCAGUGAACUUUGACUGAGGGGCGUCAACACGAGCGCUGAUAGUCCUUUUAUCAGAUGGUUCUGCUUCUCCGUACGGUAUUAAAGAAAACAAAAAAGGGAAGUUGGAAUUCAAAGCAAAGGCAUUACGGUACAGACUUGGAUCUUUUAUGUUAAAAUAUUAAGUUUCAUCAUUUAUUAUUAUUAUUGUCUUUUUUUUUUUUUAACCCAAUGUGUAAUCCUUCCUCGGCACCGUAAACUUACUACAUUUUGGACAAA